AUUCAGAUAAGCGAAAGUGUCUAGUAUUAUAUUUAUGGUGUGAUCUGUUUCGCAUCGAACUUGAGUUUAGUUGAACUGUUUCCAGCUACGUUGCAAGAUGUCACCAACAAUCACAGUUGCCACUUGGCUCAUCCUCAUCCUAAGCGUCCAGGCGAAUGUUAUUUUUCAUUUUUCACUGGAUUUCAAUGUGAAACAUCCCGCCAAUUUCUCCGAGCCAAUCAAUCAGACAAUCAUCGUGGAGAACAAUCAAGUGUCCAUGCAGGACAAUGAACUAAGGUCUAGUACAAAUGCCCCGAAUACGGAUCCGGCUACACAGACCUGGUCAGAGGAGCGCCUAUACAAUGAGGCGGCAGUCCGGCUGCUGCUCUCAACGAAGCGAUCAGUUCAACAGUUGAACACGGAGCUGGCUCCGCUUGUGGGUCGUAGCGACGAUUUGGCAGCACGUCUCAAGAAAACAAUGAAAUAUGUCAACCAGGUCGAUAGCAGUCUGGAAGACGGCAAUUUUGCUCAUCAUGUGGAGCUAUUGCGACAGUAUCUAACACUCGUGGAUAACUUGCGAUCUCCAUCUAAAGCUGGCGGUGUACGUACUCUCGAAUUUGUGCUACUCAAGUUGGCCCUGGAGAAAUUCGGAGUGCUGGCAAAUCGUCAAGAGGUUGACGCAUAUUUAAAACGGGCGGAUUUGGCUUGGACGAGAUACAAGAGUACUCAGGUUGUGAUAUCAGAUAGCUGAACCUGAAACUUUAGCUGAGAUUUAGAUUAUAGCAUACACAUAAGCAUACAUACUAUAUACUUAUAAUCGCAUUUAAUUCCCAUGUACCAUAUACUCGUAUAAGCUGUAUCCUAUUAAGUAAAACAAUAAGCAAAGGUGGCAUUCAACCAAAAGGA